UCUUUGUGUUUCUGGAAUCAGGAGAUUUCGGGGAAUGAACGGAGUUAUCGUUUCCUCUUUAAGGUCUGGCUACUGAGGAUGCAAAGCGAUUAUGCCUGAUUAGCCUGUUCCAGAACACUGCUAAAUAAUUGAUAGGCUGUCGAAUGGGUAUUUUGUGAGUCCGGAGCAGUAGCCGUCUCUCGCGGGUCUGCGGUGGAUGGCUGUCGCUGCAGAGAGUGGUGUCAGCCUUCUGUGUAACGUGUAGACUGGGAGCGUCGGGGUGGUCCACGGAGAGCGGGUGGUCCGUGGAGAGUGAGCCGUCCCUGAGCCACGAUGGAGAGUGACCAGACCACCAGCAGCAGCGGCAGCACCGGUGCCCGGCAACAGGUGCCGCAGAUAUCGGUGUACAGCGGGCUGCCCGACCGGCAGACCGUGCAGGUGAUUCAACAGGCCCUCCACCGACAGCCCAACACUGCCGCCCAGUACCUGCAGCAGAUGUAUGCGGCGCAACAGCAGCACCUGAUGCUGCAAACUGCAGCCCUCCAACAGCAACACCUGAGCAGCGCACAGUUGCAGAGCCUGGCAGCUGUGCAGCAGGCUAGUUUAGCUGCAACCAGGCAAGGAUCAUCACCAAAUGGGACCGUGUCUCAGCAGCCUGCCUCUUCACAGACCACUAUUAACCUGGCCACGUCCCCCGCUGCGGCUCAGUUAAUCAGCCGCGCGCAAAGUGUGAACUCUGCCGGUGCCACGGGGAUCGCUCAGCAGGCUGUCCUCCUGGGAAACUCGACCAGCCCUGCUCUUACUGCCAGCCAGGCACAGAUGUACCUUCGGGCACAGAUGGCACAGCAAAGUAACCUUGUGCAAGUAGCUAGGACCCUAGGUCGUGCUGUUCCUUUGUCCCCCCAGCUCAUCUUCACGCCCACUGCCACCGUCGCUGCCGUCCAGCCAGAGGUCACGGUGUCUUCAGGCAACCAGCAGUCAGCGGUCUCACAGGUGCAGAACCUAGCAAUCAGAAACCAGCAGAGUGCAGCAGCAGUGCAGCCUCAACUGCAGAGCGUCACUCUGAAAGCAACCACGCCGGCCGCUCAGACCACCAGUGUCCCGCAGGCUAAACCAUCGGGCUCGGCGCCCGGGCCAGGCGGCAAAGGAGGCCAGUCUGAGGGCAUGGCCGAGAAUGGGAAGAAGGGCGAGUCCGGCAUUGCUUCCAGCCCAGACACCAGGGGUAUCAGUGUGGCCCACAGCACCACCCCGGUCAACACACACCCUCUCAUCACCACAGCCUACACCCAGAUUCAGCCCCACCAGCUGAUCCACCAGCAGCAGAUCCAGCUGCAGCAGCAGAAACAUCUGCAGCAUCAGUUUGUCAUUCAGCAGCAGCAGAUCCAGCACAGGCAGCAGCAGCCACAGCUCCUCCACUCCGCCACCCAGCUCCAGCCUCUGCAGCAGCCGCCGGUGGCCUCCAGCCCCCUGCAGACACCGGUGCAGACCCUGUCCCAUGGGCAGCACUGCCAGCCUGCAGUGCACCCCAAGCAACAGGUGCUCACCUCAGCAGCUCAGUCGCAGAUCCCCGUCCUGCAGCCCGUGCCUCACGCCCAACAGAGCCUGCCACAAGCUGGGCACAGCGGACAGACAGACAGCCAUGUGCAGCACACACAGGCACCGCAGACCGCUGCUGUAAACCUGCAGGUCCAGCCGUCUGCACACGUGAUCCAGCAGUGCCAGAGAAACGGCCCCGACAGGAGGGACAAGCUCGACCCGGCGGCUGAGAAGGGACCCGUGGAGAAACCCAGCAGACCACCCACCCCUGCGUCCUCGGUCACGCCCGACCAGAAGAAGGCCGAGCCAGCCAAGCCCGUCACACAAGGGAAAGGGCCGGAGAACGUGAAUGCAAAGACCACCUCCCCUGCUCCCACCAUGACAUCCGGAAAUGGCAACACAACCUCGUCUGUGACAGCCAGUGUGCCGCAGAACACAGAGAACAAACCGCCUCAGGCCAUUGUCAAGCCCCAGAUCCUCACCCAUGUCAUUGAGGGCUUCGUUAUCCAGGAGGGUGCCGAGCCGUUCCCUGUGGGACGCUCCUCCCUGCUGAUUGACAAUUUGGCCAAACAAAAGCAACAGCAGCAGUCGGCGUCUGUGCAGCCGGCCGAGAAAGUGCCACAGCUGGACCAGCCCGACUCCGAGAUGGAUGACCUCAGUCAGCAAGAUUCGAAGGAAAAGGAGGAAGAUGCUCUGAAAUUGAAGUGCGAGUUCUGCGGAAGGCUCGACUAUGCCCACAAGUUCAAGGGGUCAAAGAGGUUUUGCUCCAUGGCUUGUGCCAAGAGGUACAACGUCGGCUGCAGUAAGCGAGUGGGUCUGUUUAAACCUGACAAGAGCAAGUACCUGCAGAAGAAAGAAGGAGGCAAAUUAGGCAAAAGAGGCCCCAGGAAGAACAACUUGCACAGCACCAACAGCGAGCAGCCCAAGAAACAGCUCAAGCAGUCCCCGGCGACCGUGGGCCUGAGUCAGGAGGACUCCAGCAGAGGGUCAGAUAACUCCAGCUACGAGGAGCCUCUGUCGCCCAUCUCUGCCAGCUCCUCCACGUCUCGGAGACGCCAGGGAGAGCGGGAGCUCGACGUCCACGACCUGAGGAUGCGGGACCUGAUGGGAAUUGGACACCACUUCCUGCCCAGUGACCCCACCAAGUGGAAUGUGGAGGAUGUGUGCGAAUUCAUUCGCUCGCUGCCAGGUUGCCAGGAGAUUGCCGAUGAGUUUCGUGCCCAGGAGAUUGACGGGCAGGCCCUCCUGCUGCUCAAAGAAGAUCACCUCAUGAGCGCCAUGAACAUUAAGUUAGGACCAGCCCUGAAAAUAUAUGCGAGGAUCAACAUGCUGAAAGAUUCCUAACCAGAACCCUUGGGACGUUGAGGAACUUUGGAGGCUGAAGUGGCAGCUAUUCUUAAAGCCAAGGUUUCUGGUCACCGUAGAUGUUGGUGCUCUUUGCAAAGAGAAUUGAGGUGUAAUGCUCCAGAGUACAGUGAGCACACUAUCAAACUAUUGGCUUCAUGAGAAGCCUGCAAUCUGGGUACAAUGUUUCCCAAAUGAGAAACUUACAUGGUGCUAUCCCAGUAGCAAAGAUAAAGACAGGAACAUCGGCGGAAGCAGUCAGCUCACCAGCUGAGCCAAUGCAUUGAGUGUUUAGAAGAUAACUCUUUACAGAACACUGUAAAUCCGCCAGUGAUUAUGUAGCUGAAGAGAAUUGAUUUUCGGAUUUAGAUCUGUCGCAAGGUUGGUUUCUGUUUGGAUCUGCAUGUUUAGAGAUUAGACUUCCUUUAGAUUGGUUUGAUAAUCAACAGAUCCAUUUUGUGAUCUUAUUAUGUGCCUGGAAUAACAAAAUGUUGCUGUAAAACUCUUUGUAACUGUUUAAUGCAGGAUGAUGAAGUUUCCAUGUGGACAUGCAGUUUCUAGAAUUUUUAGAUCAUCUCUAAGGUGCCAGUGACUGACCGGUGUGUGUGUACAGCAGUGUUCCCUCUGGCUGUGAAGGUCUUACUUCCUGCUGGGACUUACACCUAUUACAGUUUAAGGACUACUUUCCCGAACCAAUCUUCACUCCCAGACUUCUUUAGGCAGCUGAACAGAUCCGACUGCUGUGAUUUUGAUUUAAAAGGUGAAGGGGUGAGUUGGUUCUCCCGUUGUGCUGAGUGAGUUGGGAAGGGUCAAAGGGCAGAAUCAAUGUCCUGCCCAGCUUAUUAUCACGAUGCUGCCCGUCUGCCCCAAGUUUGAUUCUAGGCAGUGUGGGCAACAGAUUAUCUGAACUGGAGGAGAUGGAAACCCAUAGAUGCCAACUUCCCACGCGCACAGCACCAGGGUGGACCCCUGCAUCAGCAGAAUCCCCACUGACUCUCCCCACCCCCAGUCCCCUUCAUCUCUGUGACACAGCCCCGUGAAUCAAUGCUCAGGUCAGGAUACAAGCCACGGUUCUCCUGUGCUACUGCUCACCUGCUGGACAUUUUAGAGACCAGUCUUCCAGAAGUUCCAUUGAACUAGUCCAGAUACAACAAGCGUGGGUAUCAGCUCAGUGCAACCUUUACCAGCUCUGUGACAAAACAAUCUCUCCAGCACCACAGGAUUCAGAGGGGCGUUCGUUUGUGCUUCACUGGUUUCUGUCUUCAUGCCAUCACUGAUCCAUUACACAGACCAAGAGCAAUUAACCCUAAAACAGAGGAUGACUUUACAGUGCAGGCAAUUAAAAUACUACUUUAAGUGUCGGUAUUUGUGUGUAAGCACUGAAAUGUUUGCUGUGCUGGACUUGUUCUGGCACACCUUAAGUUGAAGCCAUGAAAAGUUUCAAUGUUUACACAGAGGAGAGACCUGGGGUUGAAAAUGGGUGUGUCUGCACACUUGAUACUUAAAUCUCUGCCAUUGCUUCAUUGCACUGUAUUACAGGCUAAUUCUAUGGCCCAUGUCACCUCCCGAGAUGAAUCUCUAAACCCUAGUGCCCAUUAUCUUGAUAACCGCAGAUGGCCGUUUACAAAGAGGCCAAUAUCAGUUCAACAAAUCUUUUUCUACUUUCUAUUCAUAACAAGAUUUUUUUUGGUACUUAAAGCAAUACCAAGUUACCUUAAAUGUCAGAAGGAAAGGGGAAGAUUAGCCUUCAACUGCCCAGAUAACUUUGCUCAAAUAGGCUGUUGGAAAGUCUGUGCAGUUAUUGUCUUGAAGUUAAAAUUUAAUCAAGGUGAAUAAUGGAAUACAAUGCCUUCUUUUGCAAAGGUCUGGAAAGGCAAAGCCCCUUAAGGGCUGGUAAAUUGAAAUUAUAGCCUGGAGAUUCAUCCUGGGCUGGUAACACAUUGUAAUCUGCUUCCAAAAUCUGUUGAACUCACUCAGGCUGAACUUUGGAAGCUCACUGCACCACACAGCCACUCCUCCAUUGUGUUUUAGCACAAGCAACCCAACAAUGAAUUUCUGCCUCGGUCAAGUCUAUUGUCCGCUGAUCCCUGUUGACCCCAUUCCAUCUGUUCUUUGUAGGGAUGCUCAAUAUUUUCAACACUGCAAAAAGAAAGACUUUGGGGCGACCAAAGACAGUUGGAUAUUCACUUUUGUUACUUACUCUUGGUGCUUUCUGAGACUGUUUCUUGUUGGAGGAAUCUCUGCUGUGGCCACACUUCAGUCUGAGUCAGACUUGAAUUCUCUUGCUCCUGUGAAAGAUUUUUGUAUUGUAAGUUGUUUGUAGUUUUUUUAAGCAUAAUUUAAAUCUUUGAAUUACUGUGUUUCAUUUAUGUAUUUUUGUAAAGCUAAUGGAUUUUUUUUGCUUGACAAAUUGGGAAAUGUCAGAAGUAAAUUCCCUGGUCAGUCCAGGCAAAUUGGAUGAUAUUCCACCAUCUUUUAUUCAGGGAAUAUUUAUUCCUUGCAUUUGCUCAGUGGUGGAGCCUGAUAUGGUGCUGAGUUUUCGAGACCCUGGUGAUAUCCAGUAGCCCAUGCUGGAAAGUCAGGUGAGGACCUGCUUGUGAUGCCAUCCGAGGUUGAGUUGCAUGAGCAGCAAUAAGACGCACACAUCAAAGACGGCCCUGGUGUUGGUGAAACCAUCCCCCUGCAGGACCCAGCCUUCAGGAAAUGAAGACUGAAACCUGGGAGAGGAAAGAAAGGAAAAGACUGCUCUUCAGAACACAAAUAGCAUCUGCCUGGGGUAUGUCGUUCUGACAGGUUGCGCAUUCCAGCUUUUGCAUCCCUCUCCUGCCAAAUUCAACAACCAAAAGAUUAUAAUAGUGUUGAUAGAACAGUGAUUAGAAGUGUUAGCUUUAGUGCACCUUGCCCUUCACAACAUCCAGAUGUGCUGAUCCUGAUGUCUCGCUUGAACAGCCAUCGCAGGUCGUGUUUUCUCCAACCUUGAGAAGUGGCCGUCUGGUGUUGGUAACGAUAUAUCUCCUCCUGCGUAAGGGCUAUCUUUGACUUGCGAUAUUCAUGGAAGUACACAAAUGAAACCUAGCCUUAACCACAUUCAGUAUAAGUUAGUGAAAACCAAAAUACUGAGGAUGCUGGAAAUCUGAAAUAAAAAGAUGUUGGAAUCUCAGCAGGCCAGGCAGCAUCUGUGGAGAGAGAAGCAGGUAACGUUUCAGGUUGAAGACUCCUCAUCACAACCUGAAACAUGAGCUGUUUCUCUCUCCAUGGUUGAUGCCUGACCUGCUGAGUGUUUCCAACAUUUUCUCUUUACUUUAGUGUUAGUAGUUGGCUAGUUUGAAAGAAAAUUUAGAGGAUAUUGAGGUUUUGAUCAGAUUAAUAAGAUUGAAGAAAUUGAGCUGGAUCAAUUAUGUUUUUCAGUUUCCUGUAAUUUGUUUUAAUGCAACGAUGUGGAUUGAUUUAAAAUUCUGUAAUUCUCUUUGUAAUGAAACAUGAUUUGACUUUUUACUUCUAAGCUUUUCUUGCAACAUCAGGUAUUGGUCAGUUCUCUCUCCAUAUUUGAAUUACACAUCAAGAUAGGGGCCCAGUUUUUAAAUCUUCAUUCCAGGUUUUGGAUUAUUUGUCAAAAAUCUACUCAUUUCUCCUGUAUCUUUGCCGAAUUUGCAUAGUUGAGGGUCCUGUGACAGACGUAAUUGUGAAUUGAAGUAGCAGUGUUUACGACCCCGCUUGAUGUCUUGUUUUCCACCAGCAACUGCCCAGAGUGUUGCCAAGUUCAAUUCUGGCAAUACCUGCAUUACUUCAAUAAUAUUCUGUUACAUUACACACACGAAGUAAAUGUUACACGGAAAUUGUUGAUACUUGGGCUCCCAUGGUGCAUUGAUAACCUGCUGAAAGAGAUUGCAAUAACUUACAACUUGGCCAUUCCAUUUGUAUAGAGGUGAAACACAACUCCUUUGGUAAAACAUUGAUG